CAGAGGGAACCAAAAAAGAAGCAACUUUCCGGCAAUAAUCGGAUCCAGCUAGCCCUUUCUUCUUCUACUACAAUACAUCUCAGUAGCUCUUCUCUUCUCUUUGUUUUUUAUUUGUUCCGACGGGUGACGUGGGUCAUUUCACCGCCGUCCCAUUCCGUCAAACCGCCGCCGUCCCCUUCCCCCCGCUCCCUCCCAUCCAUCCAUCCAUCAAAACUCAAGACAAAUGUCAAGCCUGGCCUCCAUCUCAAAAAAACGCAUAAACCAAUGAUUCUCUAUUAACCAUCGUAUGGUUGAAUACGGUAUCUUUACCGUUAGGCUAAAUCGUAACGAUAUAACCUACAUGAAUGUGGCUUGCUCCACCAAAACCAUAUUCUUUUCAUUCAUUAGGCUUAAAAAUGAUAUAGUAAUAGCAAGUCCCGGGAUACUCACCAAAAGACUUAUUUGAUAGAGUAAAAUUUUGCUGUAAAAUUCAGCAUUUCUUAGCUAUAAUUGCACAUCCCUAAUCUCUCCCCAAAAUCCAACUAGAAAUAGUUACCACCAACUCACUCACUCACUCACAUUAUUUUAUUUUAUUUUAUUUUAUUUUAUUUCUGAUGGGUAUGGGAAAGGUGAGAGCGAGUGAAUAAUUUUUUGGAACUUUUUGCCUACGUCUUUGGCUUUUAAGUGACACCUCUCCUCCAUACAACCGAAUAUUUCAUUUCCCCCACUUCCCCUUUCUCUCCUCUCUCACCCACUCUCCUCCACCACUGCUUCCUCCUCCUCCUCCUACGCCGCGUCUUCCUUACCUGCGACGCCAUCGCCGCCGCCGCCGACGUCUCGCAUUCCUCCCUCUCCAACUCUCCCACCUUCCCCUCCCAGCUCAAAUCAAUCCCCCGCCCCCCCCCAAUUUCAGAUCUCCAUUUAAGACCAACUAACCCGAACAAGGACACCAAACUAACUACCUAACCAAUAAGCUCAAAACUGAAAACCCAGAAAUUUUGAUUCCAUCCAACAUAAACCCUGCUGCCAGACGCUUCAGCCUGAUUUCCCCCUCGUCCGUCAACCUACAUUUUGCUCCAGUGAGUUCGAUUUUCUGCGGUGAGAGUCCCGUCCCGUUUGGUGGUUGGGGGAAAACAGUACCUCGUGGUGGUGCUGAUGAUGAUGUUAGCGUGUUGUUUUCGUCUGUUUAUGUCUUUGUUUUCUGGAGAGUUUUUUUUGUUCCGAUGCCAUUCGUACCCCCGUUAAAGAAUUUCUCUAUCUGCAAUUUACCCGGUCGAUUGCUCCUCUCAGUGUCGGUGGGUUUUCUUCCAUUUCAACUCCGGCGAAAGCUCUCUGAUUGGAAAAUUAUCGAUUGAGUAUCUAAUCGGAGCUAGUCGUUUUCCCCCUGCUGAAAUGGGUUUCUUUCCUCUGUUUCUCACUGUUCAUUGUUUCCUUUCCCCCCAACCGUCUCUGAGCUCCUAGGUAUUCAGAGACUGUGACUGUCAGUUCUAGCUUUCCAAACUCAUCCCCCUACCUUCCUUCUUCUGUUUGUACAUUUUUAUUUCUUUCCUCACUGUAGAUUUCUACUGUUCUUUCAGCUCCCCAGAGUUCAAACUGCACUUUAAAUUACCUAUGGUGAAACUGUUUUGGAAUUCUUGCAGUUCUUGUCUUCUGGAGAUCUUGUUUGUGCAAUUAUGAAGCUCUGUUGAUUUUGGAUCUUGGGUUUUACUCUUUUGUAAUAGUUUUUUAACCUUCCUUUGCAUGCUCAAUUCCGAUUAAUACUGCUUCCCUAAAUUGAGAGGUGUUCCAGAUUUCAGCCCCCCAUGAAUUGGCACAUCAAAUAGAGCAUUUAUGGUAUUAAAAUGAUAAUUGACGUGGUUGGUCUGUUACUAUCUAUCUGUUUGACACUACUCCUAAAGAUUCCUUGAUUGCGUUUUGAGAGUAUUUCUUUUUCUGGGUCUUUGUAAUUCGGAUUAUUUUUUUUUGGUUUUGCUUAAUCUGAACUCUUUCUAAGGGUCAUAAUGAUGACUCAUUUGUGGUUUGCUUGCUUCUUUCUUGACAAUGUAGUUUGGAUUCAUCUCUUUGCAGAACUUUGAUUGGUAGAGAUGGAUCGCCGGAGUUGGCCAUGGAAGAAGAAGUCCUCAUCUGAGAAGGCCUCUAAAGCCGCGGCAGCCGCAGCCGAGUCUCUGGAUGCUGCUUUGGCUUCUGCUGAACCACUGGCGCAGACAGAGAAGGAUAACUACAAGAAACCGAGUUAUGUCCAAAUCUCAGUUGAAUCGUACACCCAUUUGAAUGGUUUGGAGGAGCAGGUGAAAGGAUAUGAAGAACAAGUUCAAUCACUAGACGACGAGAUCAAAGACUUGAAUGAACAGCUCUCUGCAGCUCAAUCAGAAAUGACCACAAAGGAAAACUUGGUCAAACAGCAUGCCAAGGUUGCUGAAGAAGCUGUCUGUGGAUGGGAGAAGGCUGAAGCAGAGGCAUUGGCUUUGAAAAACAGUUUAGAAGCAAUGACUCUGUCCAAGCUGACGGUCGAAGAUCGAGCAGCUCAUCUGGACGGUGCUCUCAAAGAAUGCAUGAGGCAAAUACGAAACCUGAAGGAAGACCAUGAGCAGAAAUUGCAGGAACUUGUUCUCACCAAGAACAAGCAAUGUGAAAAGAUUAGACUUGAUCUCGAAUCAAAGAUUGCUAAUUUGGAUCAGGAGCUGCUAAGGUCAGCAGCUGAUAAUGCAGCAUUAUCUAGGUCUUUACAGGAGCGUGGCAACAUGUUGGUGAAGAUGAGCGAGGAAAAAUCUCGUGCGGAGUCUGAGAUCGAGGUUCUCAAGGGGAAUAUAGAGUCUUGUGAGAGGGAGAUAAACUCGAUGAAGUAUGAAGUACAUGUGGUGUCAAAGGAGCUUGAGAUAAGGAAUGAAGAGAAGAACAUGAGCAUGAGGUCUGCUGAUGUUGCGAACAAGCAGCACAUGGAAGGUGUGAAGAAGAUUGCCAAGCUUGAAGCCGAAUGCCAGAGACUACGUCAGCUCGUGAGGAAGAAACUCCCAGGUCCUGCUGCUCUGGCACAGAUGAAGCAUGAGGUUGAGAGCUUGGGCCGAGAUUAUGGGGAUUCGAGGUCGAAGAGGUCACCUGUCAAGCCUUCUAGCCCGCACAUGUCGCCUAUAACUGAAUUCUCUCUUGGAAAAGAGACGGAGUUCUUGACAGAACGGUUGUUUGGCAUGGAAGAAGAGACCAAGAUGCUCAAAGAAGCUUUGGCUAAGCGUAAUAGUGAGCUUCAGGCUUCGAGGAAUCUAUGUGCCAAAACAUCGAGCAGGCUUCAGAGCUUAGAAGCUCAGCUUCAUAUGACCAACCAGCAGAAAUCUGUGCCUAGCUUCACAUCCAUGUCAGAGGAUGGAAACGAUGACGAUCGAAGCUGUGCUGAAUCUUGGACCGCAUCCAUGAUGUCUGAAAAGAACGGAGACAGAUCAUCGAUCAAGGCAGAGAAUGCUAAGAACCUUGAGCUCAUGGAUGACUUCCUUGAGAUGGAGAAGCUGGCUUGUUUGGAUAACCCUGGUAACAAGACUCCUGAGGUCGCUAAUGGCACUUCUGAUAUGCCUAGUGGAGAAGCUCGACCAGAAGAAGUCAACUCGGGCAGAGAUGAGGACAUGCAAUCAAAGAUAUUGGAGGAUGUUAAAACUGUAGAGACCGAAAUGAGCCAAGACUUGGCCUCUGCAGUCUCUCAGAUACAUGAUUUUGUACUAUUGCUUCGGAAAGAAGCAAUGACUAUUGACGGUGAUGAUGGGGAAGGACUAACUAAGAAGAUUGAGGACCUGUCGUUGACCAUCAACAAAGUUCUAAACCAAGGUUCAAGCUUAGACACCUUCAUUUUCGACCUGUCCCAAGUGCUGGACAAGGCGAGUGAGCUACGGUUUAGUGUGAUGGGGUACAAAGGAAAUCAAGCUCAGAUCAAUAGCCCGGAUUGUAUCGACAAAGUCGCUCUGCCAGAGAACAAGAUUGUAAUGGAUGAUGAACCAUACUCGUCAAUGAAUGGCCAUGUAUCAAGUGGCAGUCCAAAGGCAAAUCCUGAGGUUCCAGAUGAUGGGAACUUGAUCCGGUGCAAAGUGUCAUUAGAGGAGUUUGAAGAACUGAAGACGGAGAAGGACAACAUGGCUCUUGAUCUUGCUAGAUGUGGUGAAGAACUCGAAACCACUAAGCUGCGGUUGCAAGAAACAGAGCAACUGCUUGAUGAAGUCAAAUCACAGCUGACAAAUGCUCAAAAGUCAAACUCUUUGGGUGAGACUCAGUUGAAGUGCAUGGCAGAAUCCUAUAGAUCACUUGAACUACGUGCUGAAGAGCUAGAAACUGAGCUAACCUCCCUUAGAGUCAAGACGGAAGGGUUAGAGUGUGAGCUUGAGAAUGAGAAGAGGGCUCACGAAGAGGCUUUGAGCAGAUGCAAGGAUCUUCAAGAGCAACUCGAAAGGAAUGAGAAUUGCCCAGUUUGUGCAGCAGCAGCAGCCGAGACGGAAGACAAGCAAAAACAGGAGAAAGACCUGUUAGCUGCAGCAGAGAAGCUAGCGGAAUGCCAAGAGACGAUAUUCUUGUUAGGCAAGCAACUAAAUUCUCUACGCCCUCAGUCGACAGAGAACUCUGGGGAAAGGAGUCCGAGAGGAGGCGAUGGUUCUGCCGAUGAAGAACCACCAACAACAAGUGGCACAAACUUGCAAGGAGGAGAUGAAAUGCUGGACACUGCAACUUCUCCUGCUCCUCAGUCUCCAGUGCAUUCGUACAACAACCCGGGAAGGGAAAGCCCUGAUUUGGAAGCUGCCAAUUUGUUGAGAUCACCGGUUAGCUCAAAACAUCCUAAACACCGGCCAACCAAGUCAACCUCGUCGUCUACUUCAUCCACUCCAACGCCCGAGAAGCCUGGGAGAGGGUUCAGCAGGUUCUUUUCGUCCAAAGGGAAUAAGAAUGGGAAUUAGUAAGUAAAUCCACACUGCAAUAGGUUGCAGCUCGCAAUCUACUGCAUGAACAUGAUGUGAUGAUGAUGAUGAUGCUGUCUCUGCUUGUUUGCUGAGUUUGGUUUAGGUUUUUCUAUGUUGUUGUGAAGAAUGUGAUGAUGGGUGAUUAUAGAAUGGCGGGGUUUGGAGAAGGGGAGUGGAAUGGUAAUUUUGUAACUAAUGACUGUCUGUCUGUGUCUAGUAUGUGUAUGUAUAUGGUAUCCAUAUAUGUGACUUCCUUUGCUGUUCUUUUUUUGGUGUUUACGUUUGUAUUUAAACGUUGGUGAAUGAUGUAACACAACACCAUUUUGGACAGUUAUAUAUAUAUUAUUGCGAAAGGUUGAUACUUUGCUUGUCGUCUCAUUCCCGCACGCUGAUUUCGUUGUUUCAAAGGAAUUCUUUUAGCUCGAAUCUUAUGCAGCAAGUCCUAUGAGCUAAUCACUUCGAACCUAAGAUUGAGCAGAAGGAAAAAAAAAAAAAAAAACAGAAGAGUUCGCCCAUUCAAGUACAAUGAACUAUAUAAUUGACA